GAGAGAGAGAGAGAGAGAGAGUGAGAGUGAGGAGGGUGAGAGCUAAGCAAAGGAUUUCAUAUAGCUUUGUUGCUUUAGUGGCUUUUGAGGAGAGAUAAAAUAAGUGCCGAAGAAGAUUCCUUUGAGCAGAAGAGAGAGAGAGUGAAACAGGGGGGUGGGUUUAGAGAGGGCAGGGGAGGGGGAAGUGUAAUCUUUGUUGUCACAGCUGCCGGCCUUUAGCGGCGGCCUCUGUAUGUUGCUGCAGUUUUGCAAGUGGGCGGCCUUUUGCUUUGAUUUCUGAUCUCGGUUUCGUUGUUUUGUUGCUUCGGGUCAUGAAAGAUUGAAUCUUUGGUCGCUUCCUCAUUGUUUUGCGGUCAUUUAUUUUGGUUUUUGAGGCGUGAUUUUGGGUUCCGUUGUUUUUUACUUUGUCUGUUUCUUGUUGUUGUAGCGGGGUUCGGUUAUUGGGGGUUGGUUUCAGUUGUUUGAGUAGAGAGGGUGCGGAGUUACAGUCCUUAGGGUAGAAGAAUAGUGAGAGUGGAAGGUAAUGGCCGGAGGAGGAGGAGGGGGGGGAGGAGGAGGAGGAGGAGCAGCGCCGGCGCCGAAGGCCGACGAGUUGGUGCCGCAUCCAGUAAAGGAUCAGUUGCCGAAUGUGUCGUACUGCAUCACCAGCCCACCUCCAUGGCCGGAGGCCAUUCUACUUGGUUUCCAACAUUAUCUGGUUAUGCUGGGCACUACUGUGAUCAUCCCUACUGCACUCGUUCCUCAGAUGGGAGGGGGAAAUGAUGAGAAAGCCAGGGUAGUUCAGACUUUGCUCUUUGUGGCCGGCAUAAACACUCUGUUGCAGUCUUUCUUUGGCACUCGCUUGCCUGCGGUGAUCGGAGGGUCUUACACUUUUGUUGCACCAACCAUCUCCAUCAUUCUCGCUGGUCGAUAUAGCGACAUUGUAGAACCUCAUAGGAAAUUCCUUCGAAUUAUGAGAGGAACUCAAGGUGCUCUAAUUGUUGCAUCAACAAUUCAAAUUAUUAUUGGUUUUAGUGGUCUUUGGCGCAAUGUAACGAGAUUUUUAAGUCCACUGUCUGCAGUUCCUCUGGUAGCACUUGCUGGAUUUGGGCUUUAUGAGUUGGGAUUCCCUGCGGUUGGUAAAUGUGUUGAAAUUGGGCUUCCAACAAUCAUAAUUUUGAUUGUAAUUUCACAGUACAUUCCUCAUGCUAUACAUGGAGAGAAGCAUGUAUUUGAUCGAUUUGCAGUCAUUUUUUCUGUGGCAAUUGUAUGGUUGUAUGCAUAUUUCCUCACCGUUGGUGGGGCAUAUAAGCAUGCUCCGCCUAAAACGCAAUCACAUUGCCGAACCGAUCGUUCUGGGCUUGUCAGCUCAGCUCCCUGGAUAAGAGUCCCAUAUCCAUUUCAAUGGGGAGCGCCAUCAUUUGAUGCCGGGGAAGCCUUCGCCAUGAUGGCUGCUGCAUUCGUUGGUCUAGUGGAGUCUACCGGGACUUUUAUUGCAGUGUCCAGAUAUGCCAGUGCAACUCCGCUGCCCCCGUCUGUUCUUAGUCGUGGAAUUGGUUGGCAGGGUAUUGGUAUUUUACUGGAUGGUUUGUUUGGAACAGCAAGCGGCUCAACUGUAUCUGUUGAAAAUGCUGGUUUGUUGGCUUUGACGCGGGUUGGAAGUCGAAGGGUUGUUCAGAUAUCCGCGGGGUUUAUGAUUUUCUUUUCUAUUCUCGGCAAAUUUGGAGCUGUUUUUGCAUCUAUUCCAGCUCCCAUAUUUGCAGCUUUAUACUGUCUGUUCUUUGCAUAUGUUGGUUCGUGUGGUCUCAGCUUCUUACAGUUCUGCAAUCUGAACUCCUUCAGAACAAAGUUUAUAUUGGGAUUUUCUGUCUUUAUGGGCUUAUCAAUUCCUCAAUACUUCAAAGAAUACACGGCAGUUGCUGGUUAUGGUCCAGCCCAUACUGGUGCAAGAUGGUUCAAUGACAUCAUUAAUGUUAUAUUCUCGUCGGAGCCAUUCGUCGCUGGUCUCAUCGCUUUCUUCUUAGACAACACUCUCCACAGGCGCGACGGCGCGGUUAGAAAGGACAGAGGUUAUCAUUGGUGGGACAAAUUUCGAUCCUUCAAGACGGACAACAGGAGCGAAGAAUUCUACUCCUUGCCAUUUAAUCUGAACAAGUUCUUCCCAUCGGUGUAAGCACAGAGCACUGGAGUUAUUUUCUGUUCUUUGUCACAUGUCUUGUAGCUGUUUGUCUUCUCAUUUUGCCUUCUGAGAAUGACUUAUUGAUAAAUUCAUCCUAAAUGAAUUAGUGUGUUACAGUUUUACGUUAUUAUUUUGCGUUUUUUAUUUGUAUAUUUAAUGUGAUAUAGACUUGGAGCGAGGCUGGUGCUCCCACCACUGCUCUACUGCAGUGUUAUGCUAGUUAUAUCGUGGAUCAGUGUUCUUGCA